UCUCAUCUCAUCUCAUCUCUUCAUCAUCGUUCGUCGCUCGCAUCGCAUCGCAUUGCAUCGCCAACGCAUCGCAUCUGAUCCAAUCUCAGCUGUCUCCCCUCCUCUCCUCAGCUCGCAAUCAGCACAGAUCCACUUUCGUCACCUGCCAGCCGCCAGCCCCGUCCGCCACGGCCCUGCAUUCCACCCACUUCUCACGCCACGGCCCCCGACCCAGGCUCUAUCCAUCUCUCACUCCAUCUCCGACCUCCGACCUCCGACUUCAUGAGCGCAAGCAGACUCCAGCGGCGCGCAUGUGCGCCCGAGCCACGUGGCCGAGGCCGCUCCGCCGUCCCCAAACGCACGCUCUCGAGCGUCGCGUUCUCCUGUCCAUCCCUCGACGCGUGUCUGCACGCAUGCGGCUCGACGUCGUUCCCCUCUUCUUCUUCUUCUUCCUCUUCCUCCUCUUCGCCAUCGCCCCCGACGUCGCCGGAGGAGGAGCACGAGCUCGAGCUCCCUCCCCCCGCCGGGCCCGAGACGAAGGCCGAGCACGAGCACGAGCACGAGCCUGAGCCGGCGGUCGCGCCGGAGGAGAGGAGGGGACGGCGGAGGGAGCGGGACGCACACCCGUCGCCCGCGACGCGCGCCCACACCACCGCAUAUCCCCCGCGCGAAGUCGUGCAGAACAAGGACCCGCGCCUCGCGCGCAUCGCCGAGCCUUCUACAUGUACACCGCGCCCCCGCCCCUUGCGCCGGAGUACGGGCGCGCGCUCGCCGCUCGCCACGACGAGCACGCUGCCGUGUGAUUUGGAUGUGCCGUAGGGGUUGCUCGACUCAAGUAUGGCUCAUCAGACUCGACUCUUUGGGUCGACGCUGUCCCCGGCGUGUCUCCUUCCAGCAUAUCUCCCUCCGACGAGUUUCCCUCUGGCCUCUGGCAUGUCCCCCUCGGACGAGUCUCCCUGCGUGUUUCCCCUCGGCCUCCUCUCUUUGGUCUUCCUCCUCGUUGUCUCCGCCCUGCCCCUCAGCCUCUCCAUCCGAUAGCUGUAAAUUGUAGCUCUAGUCCACUAUAAAUGACGUGCGUGCAUCGUCGCGAUA